AUGGAUGACAAUGACUACAAAAUGUGCGACAUAUCAGCAACGGCAUGUUCAAAAAAUGAUAAUAAUGAUCAAAUUGAGGCAGAAGAAGAAAAUGAUACUUCAUUAUGGUCAAUAGAUGAUGAUACAAUGUUCUACGCUAAAGGUCUAAAAAAUCAUAGUGCCGGAAAAGGGAAAUCCGUUUUCGUGACAUGGAAUGAAAAUUAUUUAAUGAAUUUUGUAUUCAAGACAUCGACGAAAACAAAAAAGACAACACUAACCAAAGUUCGUUUGACUAUGCCCAUGUGUCCUGCAUCGGAUGAACGGGAAGAGAUACUUGAUAUGCUCAUACUCGAAAUGAAUACCUUACUGCUAAUGCAAAGUGGCCGAGUGUAUUAUUUUAGUUCUGUUAAAUCGAUACACUGUGUUCCAUGGUUGACAAAUGUACGCUGUAUAAGUAGUUGUCCUUAUACCCAGUUUAGUGUAAUACGACUUAAUGGUGAGGAUGGUAGUAAAAAACAAUUAUUGCUGGAAGUAUAUCAGGAUAUACCACAAUUGGGAAAAUGCCCCAGUAUAAAAGAUGCACUUUGUCACCGUUAUGAUAUAACAUUUGAUAUGGAAAAUAUUUUCAAUUGCGAUUGGAUUUGUGAUCGUUAUAUCUUGCUAUCGUUAAUAACGGAUGAAGAUAAUAUUGAGUUUUUAAGAAAAAUCAUAUCUAUUGGAAAUGUUAUACGAAGGGCGGAUGAAAAACUGACGGUGGAGCUGAAUCAAGAAGUACAUAUUUUUACGGUAUCCGGGAAUCUUUUUGUUUUAAUGGGAGGUAAUGAGGAACCUAAAAAUGUUGAAGAUCAAGAAUAUACCAUACAAUUGCUGAAUACAUAUGCUACCACAAUUGAAUAUAUACAGAUUGAUUGUAAGAAAAAUUUAUUAAUAGUAUUACUGGAAUCUGGUCACAUGGAUAUAUGGUAUAAAAGUACAACCGCCUUUGGUUCGGUAUAUCAUUUAAAACAUGAAAUUGCCCAUUUUACACAUUACGAUUAUAAUGCAUUGGAUAAUACCUUUUAUAUUACAAAACCUGACGAAGUAACACAAUUACGAAUGGAUAAGUCUGAUAAAAACAAUGAAUAUACGAUCAAAGAAGUCCACAAAUCUGUAAGUGGUAUGAUUGCUUGUACAUGGGUAGAAAGUCUACAACAACUAAUUUGUUUAAGCAUAAAUAAUAUAUUCUAUAGAUUAUGUUUUGAUAUAAGUAGCAAAGAGGCUGGUGGUAGCAACAUCAAGGACUUAGCUGAGGGCUAUGAACAUUUUAGUAGCCUAUACGCUUUGACCAACAAAAAAAUGAAAUUACUUUUGAGCAGAUCUCAAGUAGUUACAAAUUUAAUAGAAUUACCAAAACAAUUGCAUGAAGCUGUUGAAUUGGAAUGGCAAAAACAACAACUGUUAUCUUUGGGUUAUAAAAACUUAUGGCAGCAUAUAUUCAAAUGUAGCAUAGAAUACCACAAUAUGGAAUCGACAAUUGAAUAUCAACACCAAGAAGAUAAUAUAUUUAUAAGAACCACAUUCGACAGAGAUGUGGCAGAAGAAAUUUAUAUUUACACCUUAUUGCGGCUAACAACAACUACAACAUCUAAAAGAGAUAAACUUUUCUUAACAAUAAUGCAGUGCACUACAUGGUUAUUGCAAUUAAGUUUUGAAGGUAAAACAUUAUCAAUACAAAUACCACCGGAAUUGCUAAAUAAAAAACUCCAUCUGCUUGUAAAAUGUUCUACAAAAUCUCGACAAAUUGUACCCGAAUUCUCAUUACAUUUCUUGGCUUUUGUUGAACAUAAUUCAACAUAUAUUUGUAUACGAAAUGAAGUGCCUUGCUGUAAAAUAGUCAAUACAUAUCGUGAUUUAUUUUCGCUAACCCGGCAAAUAAAUAUUUACAGAAAUGCAAAAUUAAAUAUAGAUUAUCAAUUGGAAAGAUUUCAUAAGGCGACAUCAGCAACACAAAAUCAAACGCUACUCAAACACACUUUUGCUAAUAUAAACAAACAAGAACUUUUGUCAUGUUUGGACCUAAAUAGUGAAGGCUAUCAAAAUGCAGACUGCUUGAAGUUAUAUUACUUACAAGAGCAUGCUAUAGAUAUUAGAUGCGACACAAAUCGACAACUUGAAAUUACAACAGAAAAUCCCGAAGCAAUGUUUUAUUUUAAAAUAAUGUUAAUGUGGAAAUUGAAAUCAAUUGAAAGUAUUGAUUUAACAAAUGCCAACGGCACUAGUCUUCAAAAAAUAAUGCAUUGCCAAUCAGAAAUUGAAACUUUAUAUGGUUCCUUAACAUCGAUGAUGGAAAAUGAUGCUGCCGAUCAUUGUUUACCCGCUGUUUCGCUUCAUUUAGAAAAUUUAACAAAAAUGUAUAUAAAAUUGCGCAGUGAAUUUGAUAAUAUUUUUAGAUGA